CCUAGAAAUAAAGACUUUUCAUUUUAUAGCAUCAAGAAAAUGAAAUAUCUUUAUUAAAAUAAAAAUUUCCUUCCCAAAAGUAUUUUGGGAAGGGCUAUGAGCUCACCAUGUAAACCUUUCUCAUAAAACAUUCAGGAUAUGGCCCCUUUAAAAAUGCAUAUUCAAGUUUCAGCUCAAAGUUCACUGAGGUAUUCUACUGAAGGUUGCACUGAAGAUCGUUGAAACCUCAGCACAACGCUGCAAAAAAUCUGCAAAAAAAGAGAAAGAAAUCAUCCUCAGACUUCAUGGAGAUACCAGUAUUUACUGUUGAUGCUUUUACCAAUCAAGCUUUCAAAGGCAAUCCCGCUGCUGUUUGCUUGCUUCCAAAUGUCCUACGGGAUGAGCUGUACCAGAAAAUUGCAGCGGAGAUGAACUUGUCAGAGACUGCUUUUAUUGUGAAAUUGAAUUCAUCGGAUGAUUUCACUUCAGGGUCCCGUUUUGGUUUACGCUGGUUCACCCCGAUGAAUGAAGUAACGCUGUGCGGACAUGCCACCCUUGCUUCAGCAGCAGUUUUGUUUUACCACAAAAAAAACCAGAAUGCAGCCCUCGUGUUUGAGACUUUGAGUGGAGAACUCUAUGCUCGCCUUCAUGGGGACUCCAUAGUGAUGGACUUUCCUCUUCAUAAGCCUGUUGCACAGGACCCAAGUGAAGUAAAAGAUACUGUUAAUGCCACGGUCAGAGGCCUGUCUGUUCAGGAUCUGUGUUACAGUGCUAAGACCAAGAAGCUGCUCAUACGUUUGAGUGACAGCUGUGACAGGUCAGUGCUGACAUCCUUGCAGCCGAACGCCUCUGACCUGCUACGCAGCGACAGCACUGGGAGGAUAAAGGGAGUCAUCGUCACAGUCAAGGGGGCCCCCACGGCGCAGCCCGGCUACGACUUCUUCUCUCGGUACUUUGCACCCUGGUAUGGCAUUGCAGAAGAUCCCGUGACUGGCUCUGCGCACUCUGUACUUGCUGGCUAUUGGUCAGAAAAACUGGGGAAAGAAAGAAUGCUGGAUGACAGAAUUACAGCCCUGCGAGAAAUCUCCAUUCAAAGAGAAUCAGCCACAGUUCGACAGACCAUUUGCGGAUCUUUUGGACUGAAUGCUGCUCAUGUGAUUUUGAAGGUCAGGAAUAGUCGUGGCUCCCUAAUUCCAUUGAAUAGCAGUAUACCAGCGAACAGCAAACACGCGCCCUAUGUGCUGGAGGUGGUGAAGAUUUUCCAACAUGUUGUUCCCAGGCCCUGCAUUAAUGACACAACCGUAAUCAAUAAAAGCAUGAAAACACGACUGCAAAGUAUUGUGAGAAGAAUUGAAAGACUGGAGGAACUUGUACCACAAAUCAAGUUAAGACGUCAUGAAAAAGUGAACCAGGAAAUCAAGCUGUUAAGCCAGAAGCUGGUAUUCCUUAAUAAAAGAAUGCAGAUGGCAGAUUCACACUGUUGGAGUGGGAUGUUUGUACGGCCACCGCUGUGGUGAAACUCCACAGUGUAAGCUACUGCAAUAAACAUGGUAAAUCACCUAGCAGUGUGGAAUCGACUACUAAUUUGAGUCUUUUGCUCGUGUUGCCCUUUGUGUUAUGAAAAUACUAAACAUUAGUUUCAUUCAUGACAUUAUUUAGGUGUUAAAUAUUCUAGUAUACUGUAUAUUUGUGUACUUUUCAGACACCUUUUUAAAGUAUUUGACAUGACUGCAGCAGUAUGUUUUCACAAUAAACCGCUUCAAUUACAAA